GGCUCAUCACUGACCGUCUGACCGGGAGCGCGUGACGCCGCCGGCCGCUGCCCGCCCGCCUCGGCCUCCGUGCGCCGCUGCCGCCGCCGUCCGCCGCCGGCUGUCCGCCCGGCCGCCGCAGCAGCCAGCAGUGAGCACGUGUCGCCGCCGUCAGUGGUGCCAGGACGUCCCGUGACGACCCUGCCCGGUGCGCGCCUGAGCUGCAGCUGUUCGGUGACGUGGUGACGCGGAGCGUUCGGUGACGAUGUCGGGCCGAGGUGAUGAUAGCGGUGACGAGACGAGCAGGUUCCUGGCCGAGGUGGCCGCCGCCGAGCGGCCCCACGUCAAGUUCAGCUCCGAGGAACAGAACGGAGUCAACAAGCAGCUGUCGAGCGAACGGCGCACCAGGAAGGACUCGCGGGGCGGCGGACACCACCAUCACCGUCUGAGGAGCCGCUCUCUGUCCGCCUCGUCCCAGGACAGCUUCAGUUCAGCGUCCUACACGGGCAGCAGCUCAGACGAGGAUGACAUCUCUCCGCGCGAAAAGUCCCAGACGGCCGGCGAUGGCUUCACCGACUUCUGCAUCAAGAACGUGGCGCAAGCUGCGUUCGGCCGGCGCGAGAUCGAGAUCGCCGAGCAGGAGAUGCCCGGCAUUGUUGCGCUGAGGAAGCGGGCCGCUGAGGACAAGCCGCUCCGAGGUGCCAAAAUCGUCGGCUGCACACACAUCAACGCCCAGACUGCGGUGCUGAUUGAGACGCUGAUCUCCCUGGGAGCCAGCGUACGAUGGGCCGCCUGCAACAUCUACUCCACUCAGAACGAGGUGGCCGCCGCCCUCGCCGAGAAAAGCAUACCGGUGUUCGCCUGGCGCGGCGAGACCGAGGAAGACUUCUGGUGGUGCAUCGACAAGUGCAUCAACGCCGAGAACUGGCAGCCCAACAUGAUCCUGGAUGACGGCGGUGACGCCACGCAUCUCAUGCUGAAAAAGUACCCGGCCAUGUUCAAACUGAUUCGCGGUAUUGUGGAAGAGUCGGUGACGGGCGUGCACCGUCUGUACCAGCUGAGCAAGCAGCAGAAGCUGUCCGUGCCGGCGAUGAACGUCAACGACUCUGUGACCAAGACCAAGUUCGACAACCUCUACAGCUGCCGCGAGAGCAUCAUUGACAGUCUGAAGAGGGCCACCGAUAUCAUGUUCGGCGGCAAGCAGGCCAUCGUCUGCGGUUACGGCGAGGUCGGCAAGGGCUGCUGCCAGUCCCUCAAGGGGCUCGGCUGUGUGCUCUAUGUGGCCGAGAUCGACCCCAUCUGCGCUCUGCAGGCCAGUAUGGACGGCCUGCGCGUGGUAAAGCUGAACGAGGUGAUCCGGAACGUGGACAUCAUCAUCACGGCCACGGGCAACAAGAACGUGGUGACGCGCGAGCACAUGGACCGCAUGAAGAACGGCGCCCUGCUCUGUAACAUGGGCCACUCCAACACCGAGAUCGACGUGAACUCGCUCCGCACGCCCGAGCUGACCUGGGAGAAGGUGCGCUCCUCUGUCGACCACGUCAUCUGGCCGGACGGCAAGCGGAUCGUGCUGCUGGCGGAGGGCCGGCUGGUCAACCUGACCUGCUCCAGCGUGCCCUCGUUCGUCGUCUCUAUCUCGGCGGCCACUCAGGCCCUGGCGCUGAUCGAGCUGUUCAACGCCCCAGCUGGACGCUACAAGGCUGACGUGUACCUGCUGCCCAAGAAGAUGGAUGAGUACGUGGCCAGCCUGCACCUGCCCUCGUUCGACGCCCAUCUCACUGAGCUCACUGAGGAGCAGGCCAAGUACAUGGGACUCAACAAGGCCGGUCCGUUCAAGCCCAACUACUACAGGUAUUAGGGUGACCGGAGCGGCGGAUGUCAUCAGUCCGGCUGGGCUACCGUCCUGACCUGGGCGUCCGAUUGGCCAUGCCACUGCGGUGCGGCCGCCCGACCCGAGCGCGGCAGCGCCCGGCGCCGACCGGGCUCGGCCGACUGCGAGUCGGUGCGCCAGCCGCCAAUCCGCUGACUGAGAAUGCGUGUGUGUAUCCGAGAGAGCGCGUGUGUAUUUGCUGCGCGUGCAGUGUGCUCCGUCAAUCAAUUGUGCAGCUUAUGGUGAGUAUUCUAGUGAACAAAUUUGGUGGAGAUUCUCUCGUCUAGUGCAAACAAUCCCGCGCGUCGUGCGCGCUCGCCGGUGCCGUGUCGGCGGCCGGCGGGGUUCAAUCUGUCCGGCCACGCCCGCGGAGCGCCGUGGGCGCCGUGUGCUAUUUGUUGGCGGCCUGGCGACGGCGACCGAUGGCUGUCGCCGCCGAGCCGCCCAGUGCCAUCGGCCCGCCACCGCGGGCAGGCCUGCAAUAGAGCGGCAGCGUGCCGCGCCCGGCGGACGGGCGAGCCGCGUACCGCCGCUCUCAGAGAGACGCGCCCGCGCCGCCGAGAUUGGACCGCCCGAUCGUAUGAUGUCUGUGGAAUAGCGCUACGAGCGCGUGAACUGCUGGAGAAAAGGCUACUGGAUACAUGGUGUGGUCCGAAACUAUAGACGCUCUGGAUCGAAUGGUGAAACCUAUCGAUGUGCUGGUUUAUGUCUCCAAGUCAGGACCUGUGCAGUUUAAAGAGCUCAAUGUAGGGUAAAUGAAAUCAGAGUCGUAUUACCGCCCCGUCGCGCUACCACCGGGCCUCCUGCUGGGUAGCUGCUGUCUCCGCGUCCCUCGGGCGCGGCGCCGUCGGGCGCGGCGCUGUUGGGUGUUUUAAAUGAUCAUUAGCUGUGGUCGCCAUGUGGCAGCGUCUCCCUCCGACGCCAGCGAGCGAGUGUGCGUGUGUGAUGGUUUCGGUGGGCCGCGGGGCGCCGUACACACAUUCCGAGCCGGGGCGCCGUGGGCGCCGGCGGCCGGCGGCGCCCGUCUGUCCUGGAUGGCUUCUCUGUGGUGCUUGGGUUCUUCGCGGCGCGUGUGUCGGUGCCGUGGCCCGGGCCGGCCGGCCGGCGGGUAUCCCGCUGCGGCCGUCGUCAGCGCCGACGGGUGAUAUCACACGCAAACAAAUACACAUGUUACGGAA